AUGACUACUGCAGCUCCAAAAUUGAUUCAGUUUGAUGAUGAAAGAGAAGUUGCUUGUGCUACCACCGAGCAAAUCAUAAAAAGUCAAAAUUCUAAACUUCGUCAACCAGUGAAGAAAAGAACAAGAAGAGAGAAUAGGUUUAGGCUGGCAAUAUCGGGUGGACAAUUGAUGCAGACGCUUUUAAAGGCACUGCUAUAUAGGAAAGAAGAAAUUGAAUGGGAAAAAUGGGAUAUUUUCUUUGUCGAUGAGAGAUUGGUCCCAUUCAACUCCAAUGAAAGUAAUUAUGGUCAACUAAAAAGAGGAUUACUUGAUCCACUAAAAUCAAUAAAUUAUCCACAACCGAAUGUAUACCAUAUUGAAGAGACAGAAAUAGAUGAUGCUAACGUAGUAGCACAAACGUAUGAAAAACAAUUGAUUAAUAUUUUUGCUUCUAGAGAUUCUGUAAGGCUACCUACCUUUGACAUGAUAUUACUGGGUUGUGCCCCUGAUGGUCAUAUCGCAUCUUUGUUUCCCCAAUGUCAUCACAAUUUAAGAGAGGAAAUGGCAUGGGUUAUUCCAAUUACAGAUGCACCUUUGGAACCAACAAAGAGAAUAUCCAUGUCCGUACCAGUAAUUUCAAACUCGAAUCAGAUAAUAUUUAUGGUUACUGGUAGUAAUAAUGCGGAACUAAUGAAAAUGAUAAUUGAGAAACCUUCUUGCGAAUUGCCAAGUGCAUUAAUUAGUACAUGUGCACCUGGUAGGGUAUCUUGGUAUGUUGAGAAUGAAGCUUUGAAGGAAGUAAUGCUACUUGAUUGA